AUGGCAGCCACCAAUAUCAAUCACGAAGGAUACGAACGCCGGAUUCUCGCCCUUGGGGGUAUUGUGAAAGGACUCGGUCUCGAUACGUCUUCCAUAUCCCCAGUCGAGUACGUGGAUCAUGCUCCAUUUGCAUUCAACAACUUCGUCUACAAGGUCGAACUGGCAAAGCCAGCAACUGCUGCACAUUUCAAGACCAGGGCAAAAAAGGCGUAUAUCUUUGCAGCCUUCCAAGGGACAACUCUUCUUGAUAGCCUCCAUGACCACUUCGGUGGCCUGACUUUUGCAGCCAACAGUCAAAUUGUUGGAGGCCAGAUGCCACUUCUACCAGAAGGUCCUUGGCAGAGGUACAAAGAACUGUGGGUUGCUCGCUUCAAACAGCAACUCAAAGGCGCCGACAACAGCUCCUUGCUCAACAGCUGGAGAGUGAAUGGCAUCCGUGAUCGCAUUGAUAAGUUUGUCAACGACCAUGGAAUUGCAGAAUUGCUAAAGGGUGUGGACACUGCACAACGGGUGCUUGUCCACGGUGAUUUAAAAAGCCAUACGGGAAUAUUUCUACUUGCGAGCGACGACCUGUCCCCCGAACACAAGGUCAAGUGGAAGAUUGCCCGGGCCUGGGACGCCUUGCUGGCAGCCAGAGGUGCUAUUAGGCCAUCAUCGAUCCAUGGGAUCGACAGACUGGAGAGAUUGAGACAGUUCGAGGAGCUGCUAUGCCCGUUUGACCUUGGAAAUGAAGUCAUGAUAGAGCGCCUCAAGCGGAAGACGCCGGAGUGGGUGGAAGUGAAAAGAGAGGCAGCCAUGAACCAGCUAUUGGCAUUCCUGGAUUCGGUCGCAGCAUAA